AUGGCUGACAGUGGUCUCAAGAGGAAUAUUCCGAUCAAGCUGGGAGAUUUUUCAGUCAUCGACACCGAAUUCUCCAGCAUCAGGGAGCGGUUCGACGCCGAAAUGCGCAAAAUGGAAGAAGAAAUGAGCAAAUUCCGAUCGGAGUUAAUGAAUAGAGAGAGCAACAACUUCUUUAAGAGUACAACAAGUUCUACCACAUCAACACAACAUAGUGACAGCAGACAGUUAGCGGAACCAAGCCAUUGGGACAGCCUUAACUCACCGCUCAUCCAAGACGAAGGCGAUGGAAAAUCUCUGAAACUUCGUUUCGACGUCAGUCAGUACACACCAGAGGAAAUCGUGGUUAAGACCGUGGACAACAAAUUAUUGGUACACGCCAAGCACGAGGAGAAGUCAGAAACUAAGUCAGUGUACAGGGAGUACAACAGAGAGUUCCUAUUGCCAAAAGGCACAAACCCCGAGGCUAUCAAGUCCUCGCUCUCACGCGACGGUGUUCUGACGGUAGAAGCGCCCUUACCCCAACUGGCGAUCACCGACAGAAACAUACCCAUCCAGAAGCACUGA